GGCCCUGCUGCGCCGGAGCCAGGCGCUUCCUGGCGCGGCCCCCCCGGGAAGGUGAGCGAGGGAGCGAGCCGCGCUGCCGGACCCCGGCUGAGCCGUGACACCCUCUGGAGAGGUGAUCAUCCUCUGGGCUGAUCUCACCCCCCGCUUGGACGUGCCCCACCUGUACAGAGGAUGCUGCAGAGGGUCCAUUGCUGAUGCCAGGUGCUCCCCAGGGAGAUACGGCUGUGCCCUGGCUCAGAGACGGGCCAUGGCUGCCCAGGUGGCUCCCCCAGCUGCUCUCAGACUCCAGUUCCAGCCCCCACCGGGAUGUGGCCUGGUUCCCAAAGAGGAAGUGGAGGAGCCGGAUGCCCAUGGACCCAUCAACAUGGAGAUGCAUCGGCUGCGCUUCAGGGGUUUCCGCUACCAGGAGGCUGAGGGGCCCCGGGAAGCGUACGGCCACCUCUGCCUCCUCUCCCGGGCGUGGCUGAGGCCGGAGCGGUGCUCCAAGGAGCAGAUGCUGGAGCUGCUGGUGCUGGAGCAGUUCCUGAGUAUCCUGCCCCAGGAGAUCCAGAGCUGGGUGGGGGGGUGUCACCCCCAGACCGGGGAGCAGGCUGUGGCCCUGGCGGAGGGUUUCCAGUUAGCCAAGCAAGAGCCCGGAAUAUGGCCACAGCAGGAGGAGCUGGUGACAUGGGAGAAGGAGGCUGCGUGUUCCUCUGGGGCAGGGCUGGCCCCAGAACAUGGCAAGGUCUGCAGGGAGAUUAAGGAGGAGGAGGAGGAGACUCUGAUCUCGCCAGCGCAGGGAUUCUCUCUCUCCCUCCCAGCAGAUUCCAGGGCAGAGGAGGGGAAUCCCCAGCAGGAGGGCUCUGUGGGAUCGAAGACACGUGGGACAUCACCGAGCCCCAAGCAGGGAGACCCCCUGGGUAAUGGACUGAACUCAUCCGCCAAGCAUGAAAUGAGUUCCUCUGGCCUCGAGACCCCAAUGGAGGGGAGAGUCAAUCGGUCCGACUGCGGAGGAGAGAACCAGGGCGGGGCGUGCAGGCCGCGGGGGGACCCCCUGGCUAAGAGCCCCAAGGCCAGGAACCCCAACGCCUGCGCUGUGUGCGGCAAGACCUUCAGCAACAGCUCCAACCUGAAGAAGCACCAGACCACCCACACCGGGGAGAAGCCCCACGGGUGCCCCCAGUGCGGCAAGCGCUUCAGCCACAGCUCCAACCUGCGCAAGCAUGAGCGCACCCACACCGGCGAGCGCCCCUUCCGCUGCCCCGAGUGCGGCAAGAGCUUCCGCGAGAGCUCCAAGCUGCUCCGCCACCAGAACACCCACGGCCGCGAGCGCCCCUUCCGCUGCGCCGAGUGCGGCAAGGCCUUCGGCGACGUGGCCCGCUGUCUGCGGCACCAGGCCCGGCACACGGCGCGGGCCUACGCCUGCGGGGAGUGCGGCAAGAGCUUCCGCCAGAGCUCCACCCUGCUGCUGCACCAGCGGGUCCACACCGGCGAGAAGCCCUUCACCUGCCCCGACUGCGGCAAGAGCUUCAGCGUCAACGCCAACCUGGCGCAGCACCGGCGUACCCACACCGGCGAGCGCCCCUUCCCCUGCGCCCAGUGCGGGAAGCGCUUCACCCAGAAAGCCACCCUGGUCAAGCAUCAGCGCACCCACCGACGCGGUGAGGGGCCCCACGUCUGCCCCGAGUGCGGGAAGGGCUUCCGGCGCGGCUCGUCGCUGCGGGAGCACCAGCGGGUCCACACCGGGGAGCGGCCCUACGGCUGCCCGCAGUGUGGGAAGGGCUUCAGCCAGCGCUCCUCCCUGGUGCUGCACCGGCGCACCCACACCGGCGAGCGCCCCUACGUCUGCGGCGACUGCGGGCGCAGCUUCAGCGUGAGCUCUGCCCUCAUCACCCACCAGAGGCUGCACACCGGGGAGCGCCCGUUCCCGUGCCCGGAGUGCCAGAAGCGCUUCAGCGACCGCAAGGCCCUCAAACGGCACCAGCGGGUCCACACCGGGGAGCGGCCCUACCGCUGCACCGACUGCGGCAAAGGCUUCAGCCAAAGCUCAGCGCUGGCCACCCACCAGCGCAUCCACACCGGGGAGACCCCCUAUGGCUGCGGGGCCUGUGGCAAGCGCUUCGGAGACCUCUCGGCCCUCAAGCGGCACGAGCGCAUCCACACCGGGGAGCGGCCCUACCGCUGCAGCCAGUGCGGGAAAGCGUUCAAGCACAGCUCGGCCCUGGCCCAGCACGGCCGCACCCACACUGGAGAGAAACCCUAUGUCUGUUCCCAGUGCGGCAAAGCCUUCUCCCAGGGCUCCACCCUCAUCCAGCACCAGCGGGUGCACACCGGCGAGCGCCCCUACCCUUGCCCCCAGUGCGGGCGAAGCUUCUCCCAGGGCUCUGCCCUCACCCAGCACCAGCGCACCCACACCAAGGAGAGCGACCCUCUGACGGGGCCCGGCGGGGCCCGGAUCUACCGGGACCCCUUUGUCCAGCCGCGGGAUGAGGACGACGAGGAGGACGGGGUGGGGGAGGUGCUGGUGCUGCCUCCCGGGACGUGGGACGCAGAGCUGGACGUACAGAUCAAAGAGGAGCCGGAGUGAUGGAGGCGGGUGGGAGCCGGGUGUUGCCGCCUGCCGUCUCCUGAUUCAGCGUGGCUGGAUUUGGGUGUCAUGGGGAAUAGUCAUCUCUGCACCAGGAAUCCCCUCUGUACUGGAACUGGGGGCAAAUUACCUGGGGUGGGGGCAUCUCCCCCUUCACCAUCCUCCACUCAGCAGGGAUUAUUAACCCCCAUAGGCCCAGCCUAUCGCUACCUGGAUCUCACCUUCUCUGGGCCUUAUUCUCUGCUCCUUCCCCUCUCCCAGGGCCGGCGAGGGGUGCAGGGGCUGGGAGCUCUAGGGGCUGCUCCCCACAAGGCCAGAGAGAUGGAUGCUCCCAGGUGGAGGGCAGCCCAUCUCCUUCCCGAUGCCAGUAGCCACCCCCUGAGCUAGUCCCCAAGGACUGAUGUGUAUGGCCUUUGCCCCCAAGGCUCCCGGGCCUGUCUGGUGUGAUGGGCACAAGUACGUUUUUUAUCCAUUGUCUCUGUUUCUACUUCAUCUUAAAACAAUAAACCCCCAGUACCUCCCUCACACACAGUCCAUGGCGGCUCUGCAGGGCCAGCGGCUGGCUCAUGCUGUAGACAUGCAAAGGGCUGCGAAUGAGAGUGGUUAGAUCAGUGAGGUGGUGGAACUUGGUGUGUAUUUAGUGA